GCCCCAUCUGCCCCCGUCGUCUCGCCUGCAUCCCCGGCCGAUGGACACCGAAGGAGGAGGCAUCUACAUCGGCAACGAUCCCGAGGAGAUCUACUCCGAGGAGCCCUUCUCCGAGGAGCCCUUCAGCUCCAAGGACUCGAGCACCAAUGUCACCGCAGUCGUGACCGAGACAGAUCGCCGCGGAAAUCUGCACCAUCUCGAGGCGGUCGCCGUCGAGCACCACCACACCUUCACCGAGUUUGGCCAGCGAGGGCAAAUCAAAUUCCUGCCUGAAGUCGACGAGCAUCUCCACAGCUUGUUUCCCGCCAUCCGCCCUCGCCAGUACUUUAUCGAUGGCGUCCUCUACCGGGAAAAAUCGCUUCGCAAGGUCACCUGGGACGAGCUGUUCCUCGACCUGGUCUAUGUUGCUGCCUUUGACCGGCUUGGCUAUCUCUUCAAGCACGACAAUGUCGAUGGCAUCGCUGUCAACAGCUACAUGCUGGCAUUCCUUGUUGUCUGGAACUCCUGGUCCAUGAUCCACAUGAACGUCAACCGCUACGGAGCCGAUGGCUUCGUCCACCGUCUCUUCACCUGGGCCAUGACCGUGCUCGUCUCGGCAAUGGGAAUCAACAUUGUCCACAUCUUUGACCAAGGCGACAGCUCCACCGCCAAUAUCUUCAUCAUAUUGUUCAUCAUUCUCCGGGUCCUCAACUUUGUCUUUGUGAUCAUGGGCAACCAUCACUCUCGACAGUUCUGGAAGGAUGUCUUUCCCUACCAGCUCGGACACUAUUUUUCCACCAUUCCCUGGCUGGCAUCGGUGUUUCUUCCUGCUGCCUAUCGCACGCCGCUGUGGUGGAUAUCGUCACUUUGCGACCUGUUUCUUCCAAGUAUGUGCGCGCUGGCCACUCGACGGUAUCUAAAAAUCAGCCACAGGCUCGCCAUCAACAUCGAGCACAACACCGAACGAUACGGUGCCCUGACUCUGAUCGUCAUCGGCGAGAUCGUCGUCGGGUUCCUUUGGGACUCGCCUUCGCCUCAUAUCUCGACGUCGUUUUUGGCCACGAUCUUUGGAGUGCUCAUCGCCAUCUUCUUCCACUGGAUCUACUUUGCGAUCGACAGCAGCAACUACUACGUGCAUGCGGCUCGCCGGAAGGCCAUUGCCGGAUGGACAUGGUACUUGCUGCACAUUCCGCUCCACUCCUCCCUCAUUGCGGUUGGCUCGGCCAUGGGUUACGUCGUCACUGAGCAUGCCAACGCUGUGAAUGCGGACCUGCCGGCUCCCGCCGUGACCGCUGCACAUCGUUGGAUCCUCGCUGCUGGGUGCAGCAUCGCGAUCAUCAGUCUCACUCUGAUGUCGCUGGCCCACGAGCUCUAUCCGUGCCACGACCGGCGUGUGUCCGACACCAUUCGGUUCGUCAUGCGCACUGUAGUGGCCGUUGCCAUGGUCGUCCUGGCGGUUUGGGGCGAGAGUCUGUCGAUGCUGGCGCUGAUGGGCACGAUUGUUGGCCUCCUGAUGUCGCUGGCCCUGUUUGAGGAGUAUGGUCGACUGCGGAUCAGUCGCCCAUGCGCCGUCAAAUCACCUCAUGUGUAAGAGCAAACUCCAGGGAAAUGUCCAUCCGUCUGCACCAUGAAUGCGCAUUCCCUCCGUUGGAUUGUUUUCGACUACCCUAUUUGUGCGAUUGGGAAUCUGUGGCACUGAAGUAAUCGUUCGCCACACCUUGAAUACAGUCUAUCCAGAAAUAAACGGGACACUUUCCCUUUCUGGCUUCA